AUGAAGGAAAGCAUCAAGCAGCACAUUAAGCACUGCACUGUAUGCCAGCAAUACAAAUAUGAUGCUGCAGCUUACCCUGGAAUUCUACAACCACUACCCUUACCAGAACAAAUAUGGGAAGAAGUAACCAUGGACUUUAUUGAAGGGCUACCUAAUUCUCAAGGGAGGCAAUUCAUCAUGGUAGUGGUGGAUAGAUUAAGCAAGUAUGCUUACUUCAUAGCUCUGUCUCAUCCAUAUUAUGCUUUAAAGGUUGCUCGAGCAUAUCUAGAUCAUGUGUUCAAGCUACAUGGCUUUCCCAAAUCUAUCAUAUCAGACAGAGAUAAGAGAAACCUCAAGAAUGGUCUAAGUGGUUAUCUCUUGCUGAGUUCUGAUGCUAUUGAUAGAAGCUUACAACAGAGAAAUGCAGCUAUUUCAAUGCUCAAGGAAAAUCUGCUUAGAGCUCAAAACAGAAUAAAGCAGCUGGCUGAUAAACAUAGGUCUGAAAGACAAUUUGCAGUUGGGGAUUGGAUUGUGAAGAUGGUGGGUGAAGUAGCUUAUACCUUACAACUCCCUUCCUCUGCCAGAAUUCACCCCACAUUCCAUGUUUCUCUCGUAAAAAAACAUCAUGGCCCUACACCUGCUCAACCCACCCCACCUGACUUACCCAAUCUCUACCCUGAUCAAACUACAAUUAAAGUUCCUAUAGCUGUGCUAGACAAGAGAAGUGUGAAGAGACAGAACAAUGCGGUGGUCCAAUGGUUAGUUCAAUGGGAUCAAUGGCCUAUAGAGGAAGCAACAUGGGUGGAUGCUGAGAAGUUAGAGAAGGAAUUUCCUACAUUUGAUCCUUGGGGUCAAGGAUCCUUUAAUGGAGGGAGUAUUGAUGCAAUCACUGUUCCAUUAGACACUGUUCCAUUGGUAAAUGAAAUGCUGAAUGGACUGACCUUGAGUAACAACAAAGAAUCAGCUGCUAAGUCAAGCAAAGUGACAAAGGAUCAGGAGAAGGAAAAGAAUGCUGAAGAAGGAAUGAUAGCUCACAGGGAGUAG